AGCGAUACUGGCCUGAUUUUUGACGCGUUUGGCCUCAGCCUUUGCGAUCAGGCUGCAUCCCCCUGUUUUUUGCUCUCCGUAAAAAACGUCUGCUAAUUCAGACCAAUGAGCAGCGAGAGCUAGCAUGACUCAUCAACGUGUCGCAUUGUGCUGGCUCUCCAUCGCUGCGGCCCUGUCGCCGCCAACUGCGCGCGUUUCACAACUUGCACAGCACCACGCUGGCGUGCAGCCGCACGUAACGCGUCGCAGCGAUGGCCAAACGACGUCUACGCAUCGCCGGAAUACCGCUGGCGAUGAUGUCCAGCACGCGCUGCCGAGGCGUGGCCUCCUCGCACUCGCCGCAUUCUGCGCGGCGCCGGCGUCGGCGGCGGAGUCGCUGCGCGACGCUCUGGCAGCACGCGACGCGAACAGGUUGACGAAACCGUUCUACAAUGUGCCACCGGGGCCUACUACGUUCCCGGACUGGUUGGAAGGACGAUGGCGCUGCAGCGCCACCUUCCAGGGCUUCCAGUUCCCGAAUGAGAAGAUAUCGAAGCAGCGCGUCGUCGCCGAGACGGACUUGCCAGGCUUUACCAAACUCUCAAUCGCACGCUUCGGCGACGUGGGCCGCGAAAAGACGGAAUUCGAUCUAAACUUCGUCAGACGCGGCGGCAAGGUCAUCGAGGACUACGGCAAUAACGUCGCGAAUGCCUUGGCUGCCCACGUCGAUAAGCCCGACCUGGUUAAAAAUGUCGCGUGGGAUGCGGCAAAUCCCAACAGGAUGACGAUGUCUCUGAAGGAAGGCGGGCGCAACGGCGAGCGCAUCGAGAUCUUCGUCAACUCGCGGCGCUCGGAGGCGCUUGAGGGCGACAUCUUCCUGAAUUCUGAGAGCAUCAGACAGAUGACGAUGGGUCCACCGACGUUGCAGAACCCAACGACGCCGCGCGUGGUCAUCGGCGAGUACCAGCACUUCUGGACCUGGCGGCGCGACGGCGACGGCGCGCGAUGUAAUGUGUUGACGGCCGUGUACGCGGUCCCCGGCGGCUUUGGUUUUGAAGAAGCUUUCGACAAACCGCUGGUGAUGUACUCGCACAAUUUGCGCCUAACACGAGUUUAA